CAUGAAGCAUAGUUUAAAGAUCGUGAUGUUUUGGUGUCUUCUACUCUUAUCAUUUUUCACCAACAUCACAACGCUUAGAGGUGUUUGUGGCAAAGAGCCGUUGAUGUGCUGCAGGAAUUACAGGAGAGUUGCAAAUAAUUGUGAAGUUUGCUUUCCUGGAUCGUAUGGUCACAACUGUGAGUACGCUUGUCCUAAGGGAUAUUAUGGGUUAUUUUGCCACGAGAAAUGUUACUGUUCUUCGGAGACGUGUAACAAGAUAUAUGGAUGCAUUCAGAACUCGGGCUUCCUAGAAUCUACAACCAUUUCAGUCACAGAAGAUAAACAUUAUGUUACUUUGUGGAUGAUUUUGAUAGCUAUUGGAUUGGUUCUUGUUGGAAUGCUCUUUGGGUAUAUUAUCUUCAAGAAGUGCUCCUUUAAGCACCAGCCAAGUGUUUACUUCCACGCUGCGAAUAUUACUGACCAAACUGCUUCUAAACAAAAUGCAUACGAUUCUCUGCAGAAAAAUGAAGACGGGGAGCCAGGAGAACCUGAUUCUGUACAGAAUAUGAAAGAUCUUCCACAUGUUUAUACUGAAAUGUGUGAUCCCACUGACGAUUAUUUACUUCCACAUAAUAUAAAAAAUGAUUAA